AUUGGCUUCUUCGUCUUUUCGCGCCGCUCGUCUUCUUCUUCUUCUUCUUCUUCUUCUUCCAGAUUCGUAUUCCUCUGUUUUCUCCGUUCUAGAAUCACAACUCAUAGAAAAUGGGAUCACGGCAAGGACCACCGAAGCAUCAGAACAAAUUCGCCUGGGUUCCUAAAGCCGGCGUCAAGAUCAAUGAAACGGAAGUAGGCGGGAGAUUUAGACCAUUAUCGGAGAUAACUGGAGUUUGCUAUCGGUGUAGAGAGCAGAUAGCUUGGAAACGCCGCUACGGCAAAUACAAAACCCUAACUGAAGCCACCAAAUGUCAGAAGUGUACUAAGCGAAAUGUUCGUCAAGCAUACCAUAAGUUAUGCCCUGGUUGUGCCAAGGAGCAAAAGGUGUGUGCAAAGUGUUGUUCCCGUGUUGAUCAAAUCCUUGGAAGAGAUAUUUAUGAGGUAGAGGCUGAACAGAAGAUGCUUGAUGAGACUAUCAAGAAUGCUAGGGAAAGGGAUCGAAGGACGCUAUUACGUGCGAUGAACAAAGAUAACAAGCCGAACAAAUUAGAGGAAGCUACAAGGAGUGAUAGUAGCAAGGUCGGCGAUGUGUUUCCCUCAACAUCCCUUGAAGAAUAUGCAAACAAGUCGGGAAGAGUUAGCGGGAGUAUUGGUCAUGGUAUUGUACCUGGUCAUGGCCAUGAUGAUGAAGCGAGUGGACCUGAAUCAGAUGAGGAUCACACUGGUGAUGAUGAGCAUGAUUUGCGAGAAGAUAGUGAUGCAACUGAGCCAUCUCAACUGCAGAAGUAAACUCAAUUUUGAUAGUAUUGUGAGAUUUUGCAAAACCGGUUAUUGUUGUUGUUUCCACAAGACUUUACUUUGUGACCUCACUCUGCAAUGCAAAGACUAGCAAAGGAUCAUAUUAUGGUUGUAUCUUGUAUGUGAUGGGAUUUAAACGGGCCUAAUAGUCGUUUCGUACCGGCCCAAUUUUCCAA